AGCCCCGAAGACAGAAUGAGGGGGGCUUCCUGCCUCCAGGUCCUGCUCCUGCUGGUGCUGGGAGCUGUUGGGACCCAGGUAAGGAAGUCUGCAGCCUGCGGGCAGCCCCGUGCGUCCGGUCGGAUCGUGGGGGGCCGGGAUGCCCAGGAUGGAGAGUGGCCCUGGCAGGCGAGCAUCCAGCACCGUGGGGCGCACGUGUGCGGGGGGUCGCUCAUCGCCCCCGAGUGGGUGCUGACAGCUGCGCACUGCUUUCCCAGGAGGGCGCUGCCGUCAGAGUACCGCGUGCGCCUGGGGGCGCUGCGCCUGGGCCCCACCUCGCCCCGCGCGCUCUCAGCGACUGUGCGGCGGCUGCUGCUGCCCCCAGACUACGCCAAGGACCAGGGCCGUGGCGACCUGGCGCUGCUGCAGCUGCGCCACCCGGUGCCCUUGAGCGCCCGCGUCCAGCCUGUCUGCCUGCCUGCUCCUGGCGCCCGUCCAGCACCCCGCACACCGUGCUGGGUCACUGGUUGGGGCAGCCUCCGCCCAGGAGUGCCACUCCCAGAGUGGCGACCCCUGCAAGGAGUAAGGGUGCCUCUGCUGGACUCACGCACCUGUGACCGCCUCUACCAUGUGGGUUCGGACGUGCCCCAGGCCGAGCGCAUAGUGCUACCAGGGAACCUGUGUGCUGGUUACAUUGAGGGCCGCAAGGAUGCCUGCCAGGGUGACUCUGGGGGACCCCUGGCCUGCCUGCAGUCUGGGCGCUGGGUCCUAGUGGGCGUGGUGAGCUGGGGCAAGUGUUGUGCCCUGCCCAGUCGACCGGGUGUCUACACCAACGUGGCCACAUACAGUCCCUGGAUUCAUGCUCACCUCAACCUCUAAUGGUGGCUGGUGAUGUUGAUCUGGAGCCAGACUCUGGGGUCCCUCAGCCUCUGGGGACCUACACAUGCCCCCUCCUCUUGAUGUGAGGCUGAGAUGCCUAAUAAAGCUAAGGGGCCACUCGUCCACCCAUCUGCCCAUCCCCUGCCGCCUCUUCUCCCUGGGACUCACCGAAUCUCACUCCACCCCAUCCAGGUGUCUUUCCUGUGUCCUGGAGGUCACACUCCCUCCCCUCUUGGCUUGUAUUUACCUUCCUCAGCCCUAGCCAGGGCUGGGUGCGGGGGACCCAGAGAUGGGCAAACCAGCACGUGCACCAUCCAGGCCUACAUGCUCCUCUUUUUCUGGAGGGAGCCAGACAGAUUUGGAGCAUGGGAGGGAGAUUCUCCAUUGCUGUGUUGAAGGUGGAGAGGCCACAAACUGUGAGCAACAUUUAGGUGCUGACAGCAGCCCCAGCUGACAGCCAUCAGUGAAACCAAAUCCUCAGACCCACAACUCCAAGAAACUGAAUUCUGCCAACACCCCAAAGGGACUUGGAAGUGAAUUCUUCUUCUGCCUCCAGAUAAGAAGCCCGCAGCCAAUCCCUUGAUUUCAACCUGGUGAGACCUUAAGCAGAGAACCUACAUGAGCCACUAGACUUCCAACCUACAGAGUUGUGAUUUAGUAAAUUUGUGUUGU